GUGCUUCGUGCCGUCCACCCACUGGCAACAACUGUCUAACCAAGUCAAACAAGCUCGCUGCUCACCACACCGGCCCGGAUCGGAAAUAGCGUUAGGAUGGGCCGGCGAAAGAAAAGCGCCAAUGCGUCCGACGGUGAAACGGCUAACACGGUAGCGAAGGCGGCGGCGACAGUGGCCCCGGCCGCCACCGGCAGCAGCGGGCGGGAGGAGGCGGAGGUGGACCCGUACACGAUACCGCUGCAUUCGCGCCAGGCCGCGUUCGCCAUCCUGUGGCUGCUCGUCUACAGCUUCGCCAUGUUCACGCUCCCGUUCGGUGCGUUCUACGGCACCCGGCACGUGCUGGCGGACCGGUUUCAGAUCGAGGGCUUCCCGAACACGUGCGGCUCGGUGCUGGCCGCGGUCGUGACGGUCAACGUCAUCAUCAUGCUGUACGCGUUCCGCGGCUUCCGCGAGGUAGAGGAGGAGGACCGGGAGCGGUCGAAGCAGAAGGCGAAAUAAGCUCACCCAUUCCAGCCGUCCGUCCGUCCGCUUUUACCACGUGCACCGACGACCAGUAUUAUAGGGGAAAAUGAACAACUGCUUCCCUUCCGUCGUCGCCGCCGCCAUCGCCUACCCACCACCCCGUUAAUGGCGCUUUGCGACCGCUCUCGCCGGAUUCACAUUCCUGUCCCACACACACCCAAACAUCAACAAU